AUGUGCCUGUUGCCCUUCCUCGCUCCUUGCAUCGCUGGCAGCGACAUCGACAGCUCUUUCGACGCAAGGCAGACAACCCUGGACCGGUGGCUCCUGGCACACCCCUCGGAGGGGAACGUCCUGCGCCUGCUCAAUGCAGCACGUGGCUGGGUCAGCGAGGCUACCAUGCUGCAGAAUCACAUUAAUGCGCAUCUGAGCGGGUCGCUGGAAGGGGAGGUCCAGUCGGCCCGAAUGCCUACACUGCGCCAUGUACCGGCUGCUGCUCGCCACAGCUGGUGUCAGGCCCUUACCCGCGCUUUGGCAGCAGAAGCACACCGCAAUGAUCUUCGAUCUUGGGUUGAGCUCCUCAUGCUUCCACAAGCUGUGCUCUGCCCUCCGCCUCGCCGCGGACGCAAACACCUCAAGGCGGCGGCGGCCUUCACGUUGGAUCGCCUGCACCGCUGGCAGCAAGGUGAUCGUGCUCAGUUGUGGGACUCGCGUCCUGUGCCACGUGCUCGCUUCGACAGGAAGGCUUGCGCGGCACUGCUUUUUGAGGAACUUCUCCCACAAUCGCAGGAGACUGCGUGUGCACUGGACUCCCUGCAUCCGGCUGCGUCCCCGCCCGCUGCGCCCAGCAUGCAGGAGCUGCCCCUGGCCCCGGAAUUGGCCGAUGAGUUGGUGGCUCGCUGCCUCAGAGAGUUCCCGCCAGACAUGGCCCCUGGCCCAACAGGCCUUCGCGUGCAGCACUUGCGAGAAGCAUGUGUGGCUGGGAGUGCUGACCUUGUGGUGGCCCAGCUGGCAGCGGUCGUCAACCUUCUCGCCCAAGGCCUGAUGAAGUUGCGCCCGUUCUGGCUGGUGCGGGCUCAGUUGCUUUGCCCAAGCCCGCUGGUGGCGUACGACCAAUCGCAGUCGGUUGGUGUGGCGGUGCCAGGCGCUGCUGAGAAGGCGGUCCACUGCGUGCGCGCUUGGAUGCAACGCCACUCCGCAGCCUCUGACAAAGUGCUCCUUAAGCUUGAUUUUAGCAGUGCUGCUUUUAAUUGUAUUAGCAGGGAGGUUGUCUUGUCCCUAUUUCGCGCCCACUUCCCUACGCUUCGCACCCACUUCCCUACGCUCGCUCGUUGGGCUACUUGGUGCUAUCGGGCACCCUCGCGGCUGCAGUUUGGUGAUCGAGCUGUGCUUUCUCGCUCCAGCGUCCACCAGGGAGAUCCUCUGGCGCCAUUGCUUUUUUCGGCAGCCAUACAUCCCUUGGCAAUGGAGCUUCGAGCCGGGGACAGCGAUUUGGCUUUGCAAUAUUUGGAUGAUGGUGUCGUUGCCGGCUCGCUGCGUGCGGUCAGCACCGCUCUCGCCCUUGUGCAACGCAAGGCCUCCGCUGUCGGGCUUACUCUCAACCUCUCCAAGUGCGAAGUGGUGGCUUUGGGCUCCGUGACAGACGCUUCUCUCCUGAUGCAUUUCCCUUCUGCUCUACUCAGGAAGGCGGAUGGCUCCAGCAGAGUCUUGCGGCAGUUCGAGUUCCUUGGAGCGCCGGUUGCCACGGAGCCUUUUGUCGACGCCCACACCAAGGCCAGAGUCGGCAAGGCCGCAGCCCUUCUGGAUAUUGCCGCAUGGUUCACAGCAUGCGAUGUGCCCCGCCGGCAUGACUGGGCUUCAUCUGACGGAGCAGCAGUGGUCUCAGGUGUCGGUGGCUUGGAGGCCUUAAAUACCCAACUGCGUCAGGCUCAGCGACUCGCUGUUGCCGCCGCGGUUGACCUGAAGCAGCGUCAACUUUCACAGCUUCUGGACCAGGCAGUGUGGGACACCCAGCUGGCACAGGCCACAGCGUCGGAGCGAGCUGUCCUCCAUCCCGAAGCUGGCUUGGGGGCUAGAGCUUUCCUGCCUCCUUUGCCUUCUGGAUGCACACGCGUGGAGUCGGCAAGCUUCGUGGCAGAGCUUCGCUUCCGUCUCGGGCUGCCGGAUGCAGCCGAAGAGACUUGGUGUCCUAAAUGUGAUGCCGUUUUAGACCGUUUCAGUCAUCAUGCCGCCAGCUGUGUGGCAGGGGGCGAGCGCACUCUGAGGCACCAUGCCAUUCGUGAUACUGUUUUUACCUGGGCAAAACGACCGGGCAUUUGGAAGCUGGCGCCAGCCGCGUCCUCAAGCAGAUUGCGGGGGCCGUUGCUGCCCGCAGUGGGGCGGAGCCCGGCACCCUGUACGAUUUGCUCCUCCAAGAACUGA